AAGCUCGCUUUCAAGAUCAUCCACUCCACGACAAAACUCCUCCCGGCAUGGAAAGCGGUCCUCAGUACAUUGAAGCUCCGGGAGAAGUUGCUUCCACGCGACGUGAAGAUGCGUUGGAAUUCAAUGUACGACAUGCUUGAUGUGGCAGUUAGGUAUCAGCAAGCAGUAGAUAUGUUGACUAACAACAAGAGCAAUGGCCUACGAAGCUUCGAGCUCUUGCCAGAGGAAUGGGAGAUUGCGUCACAGCUCCACAAGGUUUUCAAGGAUGCGACUACCUUCUUCUCAUGGAGCUCUGCCCCUAAUCUCGCCACAGUUAUCCCGGCAAUAGACCACAUCGACUCGCACCUAACGAUGGUCUCUCUGGACGCGAAGUACAAGAAUCCCAUUCACGUCGCAUGCAGCCUCGCACAGAAGACCCUCAACAAGUACUAUUCACUUACCAAUGGCUCAAUUGCAUAUCACAUUGUGAUGGGUUUGUAG